AUGCCGUCUCCUGCCCGCCAGCAUCCCAGACGGAAGCGCCGUGUUUACCAUCCUCCUCCACUGUUCUGGGAUAAACUGACUAAGCUGUGGCUGACCAAGAGCGCUUUACUUGAGAACAACCGACGAAUCCUAUCUCUAUCCUCAACCCAGACUUCCUUGCCCAAGCUAUACACCUUUGCCCCUGAUUUCUUGCGCAGUUGCCCCGCUACUUGUUUACAAGAGAUCAGAAGACUUUCCCGCUGCGGAGGUCCGGAUCUAUCGGAUCUUAGGCAUCAUCCCCCACCAGCCGACUUCUGUCAGUACUCUACAGUGCCUACCAGCUCAGACUCAAGACGCCCUACCACCAUGUGCACUCAGACUUGGAUUGGGAAGACCACAGUCUAUGACCCGCACUUUGAGAACCAUCUACUUCAAAAUGGUAUCUAUAUGCCAUUUUCUAGAUAUCCAGAUGGUACCCGACCAUCCAAACCGAAGAACUUUGCGGAGAUCACGAGAAGAGUACAGGCCCCUCGCCCGUCGUCAGCAUUGUCGAGAAGCACGACUCUUGACCAGGAGUACGAGGACUUCCUCGAGCUCAAUCAAGAUGCUGCUGACGAUCAGGUAGUCAUCACGGAGGUCUUGCCAGUUCUCGAGGGCAAGCACCGGGCUCGUUCCCAGGUUGCGGGCGGGCACCCAUUCAAGAACCUGGCCCCUUUGACCGACGGCACCCUCGCCAGUGCGAAGCCCGAUCUCUACCACGGCGCACGACCCAACCAGCUCGCGCCCGCCAUCCAGAAGCAGCUGGACAAACAGAUCCUCCCAUCACGCCAGAGCAAUCGUCCAGUGGCCCCGAACCUCUUCAUCGAGGCCAAGGGUCAUGAUGGCACGGCCCGUGCAGCCAUGCGCCAGGCGUGCUAUGAUGGUGCGCUGGGGGCGCGCGCAAUGCAUUCCCUCCGGCUGUUUGGGGGGGUGAGGGACGGCGGAUAUGACGACAAUGCCUACACUAUCAUGUCGACAUAUUGUGCUGGAACCCUGGGGAUCUACGCGACUCACCCGACCAAGUCUAGGAGCCCAGAUCGUCCCACUGACUAUGUGAUGACACAGAUUGGGCAUUACUCGCUAAUCGGCAGUCCAGAGUCCUAUCGACAAGGGCUGGACGCCUUUCGAAAUAGCAGAGACCUGGCUAAAGAAUACAGAGACGAGAUCAUCCGGCAAGCAAACCAUCGAUAUGCGGGCUUUAUGCAAGGUCGCCCCGACGCAGAAGCUAAGAUCUCAACUCAGUCUGCAGGAGCGCGGGUCUAG